AUGGCGCUAGGAUUCCCUCUACAGGCUGUCCAAGAACCACUGGUUCCGUGCCACCAAGUGUUUGUUAAUUUCCGGGGAGCUGAACUGCGCCACAACUUCAUCAGCUUCCUAGAGCCAGCGUUGAAAACCGUUGGGAUCAAUGUGUUUGUGGACAAUAACGAGAAAAGAGGAGAAGAUCUAACCUCUCUAUUCCGUAGGAUUGAGGAAUCAAAGAUCGCAUUAGUCGUGUUCUCGAGGAGGUACAUGGAAUCAAUAUGGUGUUUGAACGAGUUGGUGAAGAUCAAAGAACGAGCUGAUGAAAAGAAACUUUUGGUCAUUCCCAUUUUCUUUAAGGUUAAGCCAACUGAAUUAAUAGGGCUUCUUGAUGAAGCAUGUAAGAGUCAUGGAAUUUUGCAUGAAGCUCACAUUCUGAACAAAUGGAAGGUGGCGUUGGAGUGUAUUAAGUCAAAGACAGGAUUUCCCUUGAAGGACAAGAGGUAUUGGUUUAGUUCGAUGCCCUUAAAUCUUAUAACGUGCUACUCUCUAAAAGUUUAA